UUUUCACCGCGUCGGAGGCUUGCGGGUCGGUGGGCCCGGGACGACGCGCUGGAACCUGCAGGCGCCAGAGGCCCGGUUUCCGCCGCGCGGACGCGGGGGUGAGCCCGGCGGCUCCACCGGGGACUCGCGGGGACGGGGACCGACAGCCAGGCCGCCCCCGCCCGCUCCGCCCGCAGUUCCCGAUGGCGGGGGCCGCGCCGAGGCGCCCGGAUGAGGAUCCUGUGACCUUUGCGGAUGUCGCUCUGCACUUCUCCAAGGAGGAGUGGCGCCUCCUUGCUGAGGCUCAGAGAGGCCUGUACCUCGAGGUGAUGCUGGAGAACUUUGCACUUGUUUCCUCUCAAGGUUGCUGUUGUGGAACAAAGAAUGUGGAGGCACCAUCUGAACAGAGCAUUCCUGUGGGAGUGUCACAGGCCAGGACUUCAAGGGAAUCUCAGUCUCCCCAGAAGACCCACCCCUGUGAGAUGUGUGGUCCAGUCUUGACAGAUAUCUUCCGUUUGACUGAGCACCAGGAAACACUGCACAGACUGAGGUGUGGGGCAUGUGGAAAACAAUUUUAUUUCAGUGCAAACUGUCAACACGACCAGGAGCAGCUCACGGGAGAGACACUCCUCCUAAGCAUUGUGGAUAGAUCCUCGUUUGUAAAGAGCUGCAAUUUCCAUGUGUCACGGAAGCCCUCUACCCGUGAGGGGGUUGGAAAGGACUGCCUGACCUCCUCAGGACAUCUCCAACAAGCCACUCACACCAGAGAGAAACCAGACAAGAUCUCCAAAAGUAGGGGGACUCUUCAGCCCAGAAAAAGUAACUGUACUAGGGAAGAAUGUGAGAAAGCCUUCAGUCCCAAACACGCACAUGUUCCGGACUCGGGAGUGCAAAUCAAAAAACAGUGUUUCGUGUGCCGUGAGUGUGGGAAAACAUUCAGGUACAAAUCCUCACUUGUUAUUCACCAGAGAGUCCAUGAUGAUGACAGAAUUCAUGUCUGUGACGACUGUGGGAAAUCCUUUAGGGGAAGCUCAGCCUUCACUCAACACCGAAGAAUUCAUUCUGCGGCGAGGCAGCACAAGUGCGGCAAAUGCGGGAAAUCCUUUAACCAAAAAUUUGUCCUCAUUUAUCCUCAGAGAAGCCACACUGGAGAAAGUUGUUACGUCUGCUGUGAAUGUGCACCAUCUUUCAGGCAAAGCUCUGCUCUUAUUCCACAACAACAGACAGUUUAUUCUGGAGAAACGAGUUUUGAGUGCACCGAAUGCGGGAAGUUCUUUAAACGGAACUUGGACCUCAUUGAACAUGGGAGAGUUCAUACAGGAGAAAGGCCUUUUGAGUGUAAUGAAUGUGGGAAGUCUUUUACUUCCAGCUCUGCCCUCCGUUAUCAUCAGAGAGUUCACAGUGGAGAAAAGCCUUAUAAAUGCAAUGAAUGUGGAAAGUCUUUUACCUCUAGCUCUGGCCUCCGUUAUCAUCAGAGAGUUCAUACAGGAGAACGGCCAUUUGAGUGUAGUCAUUGUGGGAAAUCUUUUACUCAAAUAAAUCACCUCAUUAUACACCGAAGAAUUCACACAGGGGAAAGGCCUUAUGAGUGCAGUGAGUGUGGAAAAUCCUUUAGCCACAAAUCUUACCUCUCCCAACACCAGAGAGUUCACACUGGAGAAAAGCCCUUUGAAUGUAGUGAAUGUGGGAAAUCUUUCACCUCUGGCUCUGCCCUCUGUUAUCAUCAGAGAGUUCACUCCGGAGAAAAACCCUAUGAGUGCAGUGAAUGUGGGAAAUCUUUUACCAAAGGACCAAUACUCAUUCGACACCGCAGACUCUCCCUUCGUUAUCAUCAGAAAGUUCACAUUGGAGAAAGGCCUUAUGAGUGUAAUGAAUGUGAGAAGUCAUUUAUCUCUAGCUCCGCCCUCCGCUGUCAUCUGAGAGUUCACACAGGAGAAAGGCCUUUUGACUGCAAUGAAUGUGGGAAAUCUUUUAGGGAUAGUUCCCAGUUGAAUCAACACCAGAGGGUUCACACGGGAGAACCUUACGAAUGUACUGACUGUGGGAGAACCUUUAGCCAGAAUUCGUACCUCUCUAAACACAGGAGAAUUCACACUGGAGAAAGGCCUUAUGAGUGCAGUGAAUGUAGGAAGUCUUUUACUUCUGUCUCUGCCCUUGGAUAUCAUCAGAGAGUUCACACAGGAGAAAGGCCUUACAAGUGCAAUGAAUGUGAGAUGAGUUUUACAAAUAGCUCCAUACUCAUUCGACACCGUAGAGUUCACACAGGAGAAAAGCCUCAUGAGUGCAGUCAAUGUGGGAAAUCCUUUACCCAAAGAAUUCACCUCAUUAUUCACCAGAGAUCUCACACAGGAGAAAGGCCUUACGAAUGCAGCGAGUGUGGGAAAUCUUUUACUUCUCGUUCCACCCUCCAAUAUCAUCAGAGAGUUCACACGGGAGAACGGCCUUUUGAUUGCAUUGCAUGUGGCAAAUUUUUUAGCCGAAAAUCUAACCUCGCUCAGCACAUGAGAGUUCACACUGGGGGAAGGCCUUAGAUGUGUAGGCCUUCCAAGGUGGUUUUGUUUGUUUGCUUGUGUUUUUUGUUUUCAGUGUUAGUAACACUGGAGGAAACACUGAGGUUCCGUUUGUCUGAAUUUAAUUUCAGGCAUAAAACAUCAACAGUAGGGAGGUUCCCCAUAAGUUUUAGUUAUGUGGGAAGCAUAUGUGUCUGCGUUGCACUUUCUGAUCUACACACGUCUCCUGCCAGAUUUAUGUCACUACAGAUGUCUCUGGUCGAAGCUGUUUCACCGAUAACAUCUGGAAGAUUCCCACAGUUUGCAUCAGUCACCAGACUCAUGUGCUCAGGGCAGCUUACUCUGUUUCUUGGUUUGUUGGAGGAAAUUAGAAAUGGCCUGAGCACUUAGGGGAUCUGCAUUCUGUUCACUCUGAAUAGUUGGGGAAUGGACCUGACUCGGUGAUAACCCAGAGAACGUCAUCUGAAUUCAACUGGCAGCUUGAGAAGGACUUUUUCAGGGACCUGGUUUCCUUGGGUACCUGUGACGAAUAUUUCCAAUUUCCAAGUCACCAACGCAAGAAGUACCAGGUCCGACUUCCUUUGGUUCGUAAAAUAAUGAGUAUCUUACUGUUUCAAGGACUCUUCAGUCUUGGGUAUCCUAGUUAAUGUGUGGCGUAAGCAGUAACUUAUAAGCAAAUUUGGGUUCUACAAACAACUUUUUAUUGUGGGGCCUCAAAAUUCCUCUGUAUCACAGGGGAUGUCCUGGUGACAGAAACUAGCUCACCAGGUUUUUGGCAAAUUUGCGUUACUGUUCACAUCUUUUGAGGAAAGGUUGCAGGGCUUUCUGGUCAUGUGAAAUGCUAUGAACUUUAGGAGCCUCAGAAAUCACCCUAAGGAGGGUCAGGUGUUGCAACCUCAAGUGCUUCUGGGAGCAGCAUUAAUUUAUACCUUGUUCACAAGGUAUGCCAAUAGUUUUGAAGGGAAUUAUUUUUCAAGUUCUUAUAAAGAGCCAUGUGCUCGUAUGUCUACAAUUACGUGGUUGAUGGCAACUGGUUGUGGGGACGUAGGGGUGAGGGGAAAACCAUGAUUGCUACAGAAUCACUGGCCUAAUUGGUAUUGUUGGAGACUGCAUCCAACUGGAUGGAAUGUGCCUCUUCUAAAUGUGCAUCCAGAAAUGUUUCUGCGAAAAAGAAUGUAUCUGUGUACACAAAUCUGAGGAUAUCCAGGCGUGUUUAUCUUCUGUGACUUACAUCAUUUUCAUCGAAGAUAAUCAAAAGAUGUUUAGGCCUGGACAGUAUUGCUCAGUGGUUGAGCAUCGACCUAUGAACCAGGAGGUCACAGUGUGAUUCCUGGUCAGGGCACAUGCCUGGCUUGUGAGCUAGAUCCCCAGUAGGGCAUAUGCAGGAGGCAGCCAAUC